UCUGCACGAACAGGUUCGAAACAACUCGCAGUCAAAGCGUUCCGCUCUCCUCCGGUCGCUGCGCUGCCGUCGCCUUGUCCUCCUCCUCAGCUCACCUCCGUCGGCUGUUCUGGUUCCCAGCCCCAAACCCCCGGCCACCAGCAGCCUCGGCAGGAUGGCUAGCCCGCAGUGCUGCGCGGACCCGCCGACGCUCAACCCCGCCGGCGGGGAGGGCAGGGUCGUCGACAGCCUCGGCGGGGUCACGGCAUACGUCGCCGGCGUCCGAGAGUCCAACGCCGCCGUCGUCCUCAUCUCCGACAUCUUUGGGUUUGAAGCGCCGAUUCUGAGGAAGAUAGCCGAUAAAGUUGCUUCAUCGGGAUAUUUUGUUGUGGUGCCAGAUUUCUUACAUGGGGAUCCAUUUGUACCUGAAAAUGCUGACAGACCAAUACAAGUGUGGAUCAAGGAACAUCCCCUGGGAAAAGCAUUUGAAGAGGCAAAACCUGUUAUUGCUGCUCUAAAAGAACAAGGAGUGUCUACUGUUGGGGCUGCAGGUUAUUGCUGGGGUGCAAAGGUAGUUGCAGAGUUAGCGAAAGCUAAUGAGAUCCAGGCAGCUGUUAUGUCGCACCCUUCUGCUGUUACUGUUGACGAUAUCAAAGAGGUGAAAUGCCCCAUCGCGGUACUUGGAGCUGAAAAUGACAAAACAUCCCCACCAGAAUUGGUCAAACAGUUUGAGCAGGUUCUAUCCUCUAACACAGGGAUUGCUCACUUUGUCAAGAUUUUCCCUGGGGUUUCUCAUGGAUGGGCUGUGAGAUACAAAAGUGAAGAUGCAGGUGCUGUGAAGAGCGCCGAGGAAGCCCUGUCAGACAUGAUUGACUGGUUUAACAAGAACCUAAAGUGAACCUGAAUUAGUGGUCCUUUUUUCGUAAUAAGCCAGUGUCACUCUUCACCGGUCAUCAUUCAAAACAUCCAGGGUUUAUGCUAUGGUCCUAGCUAUAGGGCCUGUAUCAAUGGUCGUGCAGGUGUCUUUCAUGUGCUAGUAUACGUACAUUGUGUGCUUGCUCAUAGCAGUCUCUGCUUGUAUUGAACACAUUACUAUAAUAUUAUUGCAGUGAAAUAAAAUGUGAUAUUUGUAGUUUUGA